UCCAGUACUGUAAAUCUUCAGAAAUAUCAUUAUGUCUUCCUAACAAUGUCACUAUGGAAACAAAUGGUGUCAGUUGAGAAAACCUUAUGUCCAGGUAUCUUAACCUUUUUAAUUGGAGGAAUUUAUUAAUCUGGUAGGAAGACAUUUUGUGAGGGUGGUUUGAAAACAGGAGCCAGUCCUACCUUAGCACACACACAUGGAUGUGGAGCCCUUCACAGAUUAGUUCUAGAGAUGGAAUGUAAUUGACCCAAGGAAAGAACUGAAUUCUAAAAGGCUUAGGGAUUUACAAAAGCCAACCAUGAAGAUGUUGCUUUUCCAUUAGCUAAGGUAGCCAUCUUGAGGGUGAGGGAAGAUGUUGGAAGAAUUUUACAUGGCCUAUUGGAGAUAGAUAGAUGAGGAAGGUCUCACAGAGGGAUGCAAACUUGGAGGAGGUUCAGAACCAAUUAAGAUUCUAAGGGGACUAAUUGGACCUCGCGUCCAACUAAGAAGAAAUGCAGACAGGUACCAGCUUCCACAGGAGGAAGGAGCACAUUGGUUCCUGAUGUGAGAGGGUAGCCCCCGAUCAUGGAGGUGCUUCAGUGCGAUGGCUGUGACUUCCGAGCCCCAUCUUAUGAAGAUCUCAAGGCACACAUCCAGGAUGUCCACACAGCGUUCUUACAGCCGACAGAUGUUGCUGAGGACAAUGAUGAUGAGCCACUUUCUGGGUCCGUGAAUGCUGGUAAUCAGACAGAGGUGGAGUUCUCUUCUAUAAAGGAUGAGUUUGUGAUUGCCGAGGAUUUAUCAGGUCAAAGUGCAACUGCAUUGGGGAGUGGAAGUUACUAUGGCCACAGUCCAGGAUAUUACGGUCAGCAUAUUACCCCUAAUCCCAAACCAACCAACAAAUUUUUUCAGUGCAAGUUCUGCGUGCGCUACUUCAGGUCAAAAAAUCUCCUCAUAGAACAUACUAGGAAGGUCCAUGGAGCUCAAGCUGAAGAGAGUCCCACUGGACCUCCUGUCCCAGGAUCCUUAAAUUAUAAUAUCAUGAUGCACGAAGGAUUUGGAAAGGUCUUUUCUUGCCAGUUUUGCACAUACAAAUCACCUCGGAGGGCAAGGAUAAUUAAGCAUCAGAAGAUGUACCACAAAAACAGUUUGAAGGAGUCCGCAGCACCACCGCCUGCUCCUGCUCCACUGCCAGACCCUGUGGUUCCACCAGUGUCCUUGCAGGACCCCUGCAAGGAACUGCCAGCGGAGGUGGUUGAGCGUAGCAUCUUAGAAUCCAUGGUCAAGCCUUUGACCAAGUCUCGAGGCAACUUCUGUUGUGAGUGGUGCAGCUACCAGACCCCCCGCCGAGAACGCUGGUGCGAUCACAUGAUGAAGAAACACAGAAGUAUGGUCAAGAUCCUUUCUAGUAUCAGGCAACAGCAAGAAGGGACUAAUGUAUCUGAAGUGCAGAAUAAUAAUGAACCCAGCCCCACAUCCAACUCCACCUACCUGUCCAUGAAUGCUGCAAGCCGGGAGAUGCCCAACACUAAUGUCUCCAAUUUUAGGGGCUCCGUGGGCAACUCCAUCAUGAGACCUAAUUCUUCUUCAACUUCCAAGUUUUCCUCUAUGUCUUAUCCUCAGAUGAAGCCGAAGUCACCUCAUAAUUCUGGCCUUGUGAACUUGACAGAGAGAUCCCGUUAUGGAAUGUCUGACAUGACCAAUUCAUCCGCUGACCUGGACACUAACAGCAUGCUAAAUGACUCUAGUUCUGAUGAGGACUUAAAUGAGGUAGACAGUGAGAAUGGUUUAAGUGUUAUGGAUCACCAGGCCUCAGGACUGUCUGCAGAGCAGCUGAUGGGCUCUGAUGGCAACAAACUGUUAGAGACCAAGGGGAUCCCAUUUCGAAGGUUCAUGAAUAGGUUCCAGUGUCCCUUUUGUCCUUUCCUCACCAUGCACCGUCGCAGCAUUUCCCGUCACAUAGAAAAUAUCCACUUAUCUGGAAAGACAGCUGUCUACAAAUGUGACGAGUGUCCGUUUACUUGUAAGAGCUCAUUAAAACUCGGGGCUCAUAAACAGUGUCACACGGGUACGUCGGAUUGGGAUACUGUGAAUUCUCAAAGCGAAAGUCUGUCUUCCUCAUUGAAUGAAGGAAUGCUAUCUUAUGAGAGCCCCAGCAUCAAUGGUAGAAAGUCGGGAGUCAUGUUGGAUCCCUUGCAGCAGCAGCAGCAGCCACCACAGCCACCUCCACCACUACCACCACCACCACCACCAUCGCAGCCAGUGCAGCAGCCUCCACCACCGCAGCUGCAGUCACCACACCAGGUGCCACCUCAGCCACAGCCGCCACCACCAACACAGCAGCCACAGCCACCCACACAGGUCCCACCUUUGCACCCUUACAAAUGCACCAUGUGUAGUUAUUCCACCAUGACUCUGAAAGGGCUAAGAGUCCAUCAGCAGCACAAACAUUCAUUCUGCGACAACUUGCCAAAAUUCGAGGGGCAGCCCUCGAGCCUGCCACUGGAAAAUGAGACAGAUAGCCACCCCUCUUCCAGCAACACUGUGAAGAAAAGUCAGACCUCAAUUCUUGGAUUGUCCUCCAAGAAUAACUUUGUAGCUAAGGCCUCUAGGAAACUUGCUAAUGACUUUCCUCUUGAUUUAUCACCUGUGAAGAAGAGAACAAGGAUUGACGAGAUAGCCAGCAAUUUACAGAGCAAAAUCAACCAGACCAAACUGCAGGAAGAUGCGAUCAUCAAUGUCGAGGACGACGAGGAGGAAGAGGAUGACAACGAAGUAGAAAUAGAGGUUGAACUGGACAGGGAAGAAGAACCAACAGAACCCAUCAUGGAUGUUCCCACUGCCUUUUCAGCCCAACAGAUUUGGGCCAGAGACACCAGUGAAUCCCAGAAGGAGGCUAACUAUAGAAGUAUCACCCAUGAUUACACUGCCACCAAUGGGGCCGAGAUCGAGCUCACACUUUCUGAAGAUGAAGAAGAUUAUUACGGCUCUUCAACAAGCAUAAAAGAUCACCAAGUGUCCAAUGCAGCGCUGCUGAACACCCAACCCCCUAUCUAUGGGACAGAACACAGUAAUGAAAAUACUGAUUUUGGUGACUCUGGAAGGCUUUAUUAUUGUAAACACUGUGACUUUAAUAAUAAAUCUGCCCGGAGUGUUAGCACUCACUACCAGCGAAUGCACCCAUACAUUAAGUUCAGCUUUAGGUAUAUCUUGGACCCCAAUGAUCACAGUGCAGUGUACAGGUGCCUGGAAUGCUAUAUUGACUACACCAACUUUGAAGACCUCCAACAGCAUUACGGUGAACAUCACCCAGAGGCCAUGAAUGUACUCAACUUUGACCAUUCGGACCUGAUCUACCGAUGUCGAUUUUGUUCCUACACAAGCCCGAAUGUCAGAAGCCUGAUGCCACAUUACCAAAGAAUGCAUCCCACGGUGAAAAUCAACAAUGCUAUGAUCUUUUCAAGCUAUGUUGUAGAGCAGCAGGAAGGGCUGAAUGCUGAGUCCCAGACCCUGCGGGAGAUUUUGAAUUCAGCUCCCAAGAGCAUGGCGACAUCCACGCCGGUGGCUCGUGGUGGUGGUAUGCCAGCUACGUUUAACAAAAAUACUUCUCCCAAGACCUUUACUCCAGAAUGUGAAAACCAGAAAGACCCUUCGGUGAACACCGUUGUUGUUUAUGAUUGUGACGUUUGCUCGUUUGCGAGUCCCAACAUGCACUCUGUCUUGGUUCACUAUCAGAAGAAACACCCUGAAGAAAAGGCCUCGUACUUUAGGAUCCAGAAAACCAUGCGCAUGGUGUCUGUGGACAGAGGCUCUGCCCUUGCCCAAUUAUCAUUUGAGGUGGGUGCUCCAAUGUCUCCCAAAAUGUCCAACAUGGGUUCCCCACCCCCCCCACAGCCCCCACCACCAGACCUCAGUAUUGAGCUUUACUACUGCAAACACUGCUCCUACAGCAAUCGGUCAGUUGUGGGGGUGCUUGUUCACUACCAGAAAAGACACCCAGAAAUAAAGGUCACUGCCAAAUAUAUCAGACAGGCUCCUCCCACAGCUGCAAUGAUGAGAGGGGCUGAAGGGCUCCAAGAUUCCCCUCGGCCUCCUGCACCCAUGCAGCUGAACCGGAGCAGUUCUGAGAGAGAUUGCCCUCCUGUGGAGACUGAGAUGUUCUUUUGCCAGCACUGUGAUUAUGGGAACCGGACGGUCAAGGGCGUCCUCAUUCAUUAUCAGAAGAAGCACCGGGACUUCAAGGCCAAUGCUGAUGUGAUCAGGCAGCACACAGCCACCAUCAGAAGCCUCUGUGACCGGAACCAGAAGCCUGCCAGUUGUGUGCUUCUCCCUGCUUCCGGCAUGGAACGGGACAAAACGAAACUUCGAGCGCUCAAAUGUAGGCAGUGCUCGUAUACCUCCCCCUAUUUCUAUGCACUGCGGAAGCAUAUCAAGAAAGACCACCCUGCCCUGAAGGCCACAGUCACGUCCAUCAUGAGGUGGGCGUUUCUAGAUGGCUUGAUAGAAGCUGGCUACCACUGUGAGUGGUGUAUCUACUCCCACAUGGAACCCAGUGGUUUGCUCCUGCAUUAUCAAAGGAGGCACCCUGAGCAUUAUGUAGAUUACACUUAUAUGGCUACCAAACUCUGGGCAGGGCCAGACCCAUCCUCUCCCACUCUUACCAUGUCAGCUGAAGCCAAAACAUACAGAUGCAGGGACUGUGUUUUUGAAGCCGUCUCUAUCUGGGACAUCACCAAUCAUUACCAAGCAUUCCCCUGGGCCAUGAAUGGUGAUGAAUCUGUGUUGCUGGAUAUCAUCAAGGAGAAAGAUGGUGUAGACAAGGCCCUCCUAGCACCUGAAGAGUUGAUAGGCGCUGUGAAUUGUGAAAACAGUCUGCCCAACCCCCUUCCCGAGCAGGAAGCCGAAUGCCCAGAGGAUGCAAGACUUUCCCCAGAGAAAAGCAUUCAUCUGGCUUCAGCUAACCCUGCUAUAUCUUCCACCCCAUAUCAGUGUACAGUGUGCCAGUCCGAGUACAACAACUUGCAUGGCCUCCUUACCCAUUAUGGGAAGAAGCAUCCUGGGAUGAAAGUGAAGGCUGCUGAUUUUGCCCAGGAUGUUGACAUCAACCCAGGUGCUGUCUACAAAUGCAGGCAUUGUCCGUACAUCAACACUCGCAUCCACGGCGUCCUGACCCACUACCAGAAGCGACAUCCAGCCAUCAAGGUGACCGCUGAGGACUUUGUGCAUGAUGUAGAGCAGUCAGCUGACAUAACCCAGAAUGACGUGGAGGAGACAAGUAGGAUUUUCAAACAAGGGUAUGGUGCCUACCGGUGCAAGCUGUGUCCUUAUACACAUGGCACGCUGGAGAAACUCAAAAUCCACUAUGAGAAGUACCACAACCAGCCUGAGUUUGAUGUCUUUUCCCCCUCUCCCCCGAAGUUGCCAGUGUCCCUUGAGCCUGAGAUAACCACCGAAGUGAGCCCCUCCCAGGUCUCCAUGACGGAGGAGGAGGUGGGAGAGGAUCCUAUGUCCACUGCUCACUUCUCUACCUCGCAUCUGGUCUCCCACACUGUGUUCCGGUGCCAGCUCUGCAAGUACUUCUGUUCCACGAGGAAGGGCAUUGCCAGGCAUUACCGGAUCAAGCACAAUAAUGUCCGUGCCCAGCCCGAGGGCAAAAACAAUCUCUUCAAGUGUGCCCUGUGUGCCUACACCAACCCCAUCCGCAAGGGACUAGCAGCUCAUUACCAGAAGCGCCACGACAUUGAUGCAUAUUACACCCACUGCCUUGCAGCCUCCAGGACCAUCAGUGACAAGCCCAACAAGGUGAUCAUCCCAUCCCCACCCAAAGAUGACUCUCCUCAGCUGAGCGAGGAACUACGGCGGGCGGUUGAGAAGAAAAAGUGUUCCUUAUGUUCCUUCCAGUCCUUCAGCAAGAAAGGCAUUGUGUCCCAUUAUAUGAAGCGACACCCAGGAGUGUUCCCAAAGAAGCAGCAUGCCAGCAAGCUGGGAGGCUACUUCACGGCCGUCUACGCGGAUGAGCAUGAGAAACCCCCUCUGAUGGAGGAAGAGGGGAGAAGCGGCUUUGAGAGGCCCGAGGUGGAAGGCGAAGCUCAGGACAUUGAGUGGCUCCCAUUCCGCUGCAUCAAAUGCUUCAAGCUGUCCUUCAGCACAGCAGAGCUGCUGUGCAUGCAUUACACAGACCACCACAGCAGGGACCUAAAGAGGGACUUCGUCAUCCUAGGCAGCGGCCCCCGCUUCCAGAACUCCACCUUCCAGUGUAAGCACUGUGAUAGCAAAUUGCAAAGCACAGCCGAGCUGACCUCACACUUGAACAUUCACAAUGAGGAAUUCCAGAAGCGUGCCAAACGCCAGGAGAGGAGGAAACAGCUUUUGAGCAAGCAGAAAUAUGCAGAUGGUGCUUUUGCAGAUUUCAAACAAGAGAGGCCUUUUGGUCACUUAGAAGAGGCACCAAAGAUCAAGGAGAGGAAAGUGGUGGGCUACAAGUGUAAGUUCUGCGUGGAGGUGCAUCCAACGCUCCGGGCCAUCUGUAACCACCUCCGGAAACACGUCCAGUAUGGCAGUGUCCCGGCUGUGUCGGCUGCCGUGAAGGGGCUGCGUUCUCAUGAGAGGAGUCACCUAGCCUUGGCCAUGUUUACCCGAGAGGACAAGUACAGCUGCCAGUAUUGCUCCUUUGUUUCUGCAUUCAGACACAACUUGGAUCGCCAUAUGCAGACCCAUCAUGGACACCAUAAACCGUUCCGCUGCAAACUCUGCUCUUUCAAAUCCUCCUACAACAGCCGGUUGAAGACACACAUCCUCAAAGCCCAUGCUGGUGAACAUGCCUACAAAUGUUCUUGGUGCUCAUUUUCCACCAUGACAAUCAGCCAGCUGAAGGAACACUCCCUCAAGGUCCACGGAAAAGCCCUGACCCUUCCCCGGCCACGGAUUGUCAGUCUCCUCUCCUCACAUGCCCACCAUUCCUCUCAGAAGGCUACUCCAGCCGAAGAAGUGGAAGACUCCAAUGACUCCUCUUACUCGGAGCCCCCCGAUGUUCAACAGCAGCUGAAUCACUACCAGUCAGCUGCCCUGGCAAGAAACAACAGCCGCGUUAGCCCUGUGCCUCCUUCUGGGACUGCUGCUGGCACUGAACAGAAGGCAGAAGCUGUUCUUCACUGCGAAUUCUGUGAAUUCUCCUCUGGCUACAUCCAGAGCAUCAGGCGCCAUUACCGGGACAAGCAUGGUGGGAAGAAGCUUUUCAAAUGCAAAGACUGCUCUUUUUACACGGGCUUUAAGUCUGCUUUUACUAUGCAUGUGGAAGCUGGGCACUCGGCGGUCCCGGAGGAAGGCCCCAAAGAUCUCCGCUGUCCUCUCUGCCUCUAUCAUACCAAAUACAAACGCAACAUGAUCGACCACAUAGUGCUGCACCGAGAAGAGCGCGUUGUCCCCAUUGAAGUGUGCCGUUCCAAACUGUCAAAAUACUUGCAGGGAGUAGUUUUCCGCUGCGAUAAGUGUACCUUCACCUGCUCCAGUGAUGAGAGUCUCCAGCAACACAUAGAAAAGCACAAUGAACUGAAACCUUACAAAUGCCAGCUCUGCUACUAUGAGACCAAGCACACGGAGGAACUGGACACUCACCUUCGCGAUGAGCAUAAGGUCAGCCGUAACUUUGAGCUGGUUGGACGGGUUAACUUGGAUCAGCUGGAACAGAUGAAGGAGAAGAUGGAGAGCUCCAGCAGUGACGAUGAGGACAAGGACGACGAAAUGAGCAGCAAGACUGAGGACAGAGAGCUGAUGAGAUUUUCUGACCGGGGAGCUGGUGUGAACACUGAGAAGCGGUUUCCAUGUGAAUUCUGUGGACGGGCAUUCUCACAAGGCUCUGAGUGGGAAAGACACGUUUUGAGACAUGGCAUGGCAUUGCACGAUACUGACCAAGUGAGCAGGGAUGAAAUCCACACAAAGGAGAUGGUGGAGGACAGUAUGCAGCUGCCCUCCAUAGAGGCCAAGGAAGACGAUGAGCCAAUCGGGAUAGACUUUCCCUUAAAGAGUGAAACAGUAACCAUCUGUGUGGUAGCUGCCGACAAAUCUCUCCUGGAGAAUGCAGAGGCCAAAACCGAAUAAGAGUUUGGUGAAAUUCUUAUCAAACCUUACUUGAACCGUGAUGAAAGUGUGGGAGGGCUGGCGUGGGCUGAGAAGGGAGGGGACAGACAGAGGAGAGAAGACCGAACAAAGCUGCUUUUAGGACUGAACAAUCUAUUUUCAAAGCACUGGUACCUGUGUGAGUGAGUAUGUAAAUUAAAGUUAUUUAAAUGGUUGGAAUAUGUGGCUCCUUUCCUGUCACUACAUCCUUCCUUCCGGAUCUUCACCACAGAAGUUUUCGUCUGCUGCGGUUUGGGAAGUACCUUCCAUGGGCACGGCGGUCUCCGUGACCCUCUCGGACAGUGCGUGGAAACCGAGGCUCCUGGACAUUGAAGACUUCUCCUAGGGGAACAACUUUUGGGCGCACAACUUUCAGUGCGUUUUUCUAGUUUUAAUACCUUAAGCUUUUUCAAGACCUAACUGCAGCCGCUUUGGGAGAAAAAAAAAAAAUAACAAAACAGAAAACAAACAAAAAACUGCUUUGCAUAAAACAGUCACCUGUUUCCUAGUACCUCAGACUUAACCAAGGGAAUUCUCUGCAUUUGUCUGUACUACCUGUCGCCCUUGUGGUUAAAUGUAGAGAGAACUGCUGGACAGGAUGGUGAAUGGAGAAAAAAAAAAAAAGAGUUUUAAAGAAAGGAACACAAAUUGUGCUUAAAAUCCCCAUGUGGGUUUUAUUUCUUAAAAUACUGUGAUUUUUUUAAUUAUUUUAGUAAAAAA